UCGGUUACGAAUUUGUUGAACCUCAGACCAUUCAACCUUUUGGUAACACACUUGAAAGCAAACAACAUUAUUUGCAUACAUGGAUGGAUAAGUCAAAAAGAGACGUAUACCUUGUGCCAUACAUUGAUGGGUCGCACUGGCAGUUGAUGGUCAUCAUUCCCAAACAAUGUAAAAUUAUAUGGUUUUGUUCGGUGCACAAGAAGAUGAAAACUGACUUGAGAACCAUGCUUCAAGGAGUUAUUGGUAAAUCUCGAGGUCAACUAGUUCAAAUUUUGUAUCCAAAGUGUAACCAGCAGCUAGAUUCAUGGGAAUGUGGCUUCAAUGUCAUGUGUUGGAUUAAGACCAUGAUUCGAGCUGUCAUUACAGAUGACUGUAAUGAGCGCUUCGAGUACAUCUCCUAUACCAGAUGACACAAUUAGGCAGAUAACACAGGAGUGGACAACUUAUCUUCUGUAAAGAUGGAGCUAGGAACACUUAUAUUUCUUGUUGAACAUUACUUUG